UUCCGGUGUCGUACGGUUACUGCGGCGGAUGUUGAUGUUUCGUUUCGGAGCUCGCGUAACGAUGUGAACCACUCUCUGUUUUAUGACUUUGCUUUCUGAUCGCUCGUGUUUUUCCCCGGUUAGCUUUCACUGCUCGUCCCAGCCGUGUCUCUCCCGGUGUCUUUACCGGGAAGUGCGAGGCUGAGCCGUGCGAUGAUGGAGGACUUUGAUGAGAUAUACGAAGAAGAGGAGGAAGAAGAGGACGAGGACAGGGCCGCAGAGGAACAGCUUCUCAAGUACGCUCCGGACCCGGUGGUGGUACGAGGAUCUGGCCACGUCACUGUGUUUGGACUAAGUAACAAAUUUGAGUCCGAAUUUCCCUCAGCGCUAACAGGAAAGGUGGCACCAGAGGAAUUCAAAGCCAGUAUAUAUCGAGUAAACAGCUGUUUAAGGAAGACCCUCCCGGUGAACGUGCGGUGGCUGCUGUGUGGCUGCCUGUGCUGCUGCUGCACGCUGGGCUUCAGUUUGUGGCCCGUAAUUUGCCUCAGCAAAAGGACGAGAAGAUCGCUAGAGAAACUUUUGGAGUGGGAAAACGGCAGACUUUACCACAAGUUGUGUUUGCAUUGGAAACUUAGCAAAAGGAAGUGUGAAACAAACAACAUGAUGGAAUUUGUGAUUCUAAUAGAGUUCCUACCUAAGAUCCCGAUCUUCAGACCAGACUAAAAGGGUUUUGCUCAUCUGAAGCCCCCACUGCUGCCCUUCUCUGGCACGGAGCCCCCAGUGGCUAUAAAGCAACUGCAUUACAACCCCCCCCCCCCCCCCGAAAUACUCCAGUAUUUGUGUUUACAUAGCCCCCCCUCUUUUCUCUCCAGGCCUCAAUUGCACAUGGGUUACAUAAAUCCUUGUUUACAGAUCCAGCUAUCCUUUUUUUACUGGAGAGAAUUCUACAGUUGAGCCUCGAUCGUGUUGGUUCACCGUUGACGAGUGCAAACACCCACCCACAGGAGGAAAGACCGUUUCGGAACAGCGUCCAGCUUUGAAACCGGAGAAGGACGUUCACUGCUGAGAGAAGCGACUGGAAAAAUUUUUCAUUUGUAUGAAUGUUUGCUAACUUAAGCACACGGCACAGUCAGACCACAGCGAAGCAAAUCGCUUCCGCUCCACCAACAAAAAACACAAAUCUGUGUUUUUGAGACGAGUUAAAUCAAAACAACGGAGACGACCUGCUAACCCCUAAUCCAAACUUUUCUCCCAGGAAACCCUUUUGCCUUCUCCCGUCUCUGCACACGUCAUUGUGCCCCCCCACCCCCAGACCAGCGACAAUCGCACACUCUGACUGCACUGAGCACAGUCUGAGAGGGUCUCUGUGCUGCACAGUUUACGGGCAGUUUGGGUUUCUAACCCUCGUCUCAGUGCUGCUGAUGAACCGGCUGCCUGGGAGCCGCUUUCUGUCACGCAGUGGAACUUUUUCAGUUCAUACGAGCAAACCACUGGUGAUGGGGACAAACCCCAACCCCCCUUCUGUUUUUGGACUUUUUUUAUGGAUGCAAGUUGAUGCUAGUAUGUAUGUGUGUGUGUGUGUGUGUGUGUGAGAGUGUGUGUGAGUGUGUGUGAGUCUAAAUGGUUAAAAACAAACUUGACAAAUCAGACAUGGAGUCAGAGUCUGUGCUUUAAAGCAGGGUUACUCCUUUCAAAUCUCUCCUGGCCAUGACCGAUUGUGUCCAUCUUUAGGUGAUUUUAUUUUAAUUUUAACUGUGCAUUUGUUUAUAUUCACUAUUAUAUCAUAAAAUAAUCUGGUAAAAUGUCAACAGCCGCUCACAAAGCCUCACUCCUUCAGAAGAUUGGUCUCAUUGGUUUCAAAGUUAAGAGUCUCUAUACAUCAAAUUAAAUGUAUAUUUUAUGUUUUUCUCUUUUUGCUGCCACUUUUUCAUUAAUCUGGCAGAUAAUCGAAAUGCAGAUAAUCCUCUUAGAAAUGUGUGGAAUCUAAAAAAUAACUUUAUUAACACAAUUCCUGCACCCAUGGUUGAAAUUGGUACAAAAAUACUAACAAAAGAGGCUCCUGAUAAAUUCAACAAUUUCUACAACUAAAUCUGUCUGAACAAAUGCACAGAUCUUACUUUGAGUUAUAAUUGGACCUUGUUUGUUCCCUUAGCUCUACAUCUAUACAUAAGAGACUGCGGUUCUUCCACAUUUGAACUACAGCCGUGUUUCCCGCUGACGGUACAGGUUAGAUCAUUUUUCAGUUUGGUGUUCUAUAGCAAAAAGUGCCAUUUUGGUGCCGAGCUGACGCGGAAAUUUUUUAAACUCUACUGUCAGCUGGAAAUGUGUCUUCGAUCAUAUCGUUUUGUGGUCACUCAGGGGAAAUUAAAAAUUAAAAAAAUCAAAUGUAGCAUCGAAAGACUUAAAUGUCACGUCCACAAUCGCACGAGUAAAAACACAACUCCAGGAUGGAAUAGAGAUGAAGGUUUCUUUCUGUUCAAAUGGUGAUGGAAGCACACACACACACGCACGCACACACCCACACACACACACCAAGCCACACAGACACAUGCAUCAGUUGAUCUGUCACUUUCUGCUCUGUAAAUCACAGCACAAAGGCCAUAUGCAUUUAUUGGUGGGAGUGCAUGAUGGAUGCAGACACAAACGGUCCUCAUAGGUCUGAAUAAUUCCUGCACAGAACGCGAGUCCUUUUUAUAUAACCUUGAGAGUUAUUUGUGUGAGUGUGUGCGUGCGUGUGGAAAACAUGUAAAUGACUCAUGAACAGAUGUAUGUACAGUUAUAAACUAUCAAUAAACAUUACCAUGGGCAUCCUU